AUGUCCGACGCCGAGGGUUUCGAGGUCGUCCAGCAUUCGGAUGCUCCUGCCCCUGCACCCGCACCUGAGCCAGCUGCCCCCGCGACACCCGUCUCUCCGAAUGGAGCCGCAGAGAAGAAGACGACGACCGGCGCCGGCACCAAACGUACCGUAGCCCCGGUUACUGCAGCUGCUCGUCGCCCAGCAGCCACCGGCACUACCUCGACAAAGUUGGCGGCAAGCUCAACCACAAGCUCGACAACACGGACGAGCACAGCUGGCGGUGUAAGCAAGGCUCCGACCCGCCCUACCGCCGGAACGACUGCCGCGGGAACGGGCCCCGCCAAGCGGCCGUCGACCGCGGCCUCAACUGUCUCGCACCGCUCGCGGCCCUCCGUCUCCGAAGAUGAGAAGAAGCGAACAACAGGCUCUGGCUCCACUGGAACAUCCCGCCGCACCUCGAUAGCUCCCAGUGCUGCUCCCAGCUCGCCCAGCAAGCCGAGAACCACGGGCAGCAACAGUACUGCCGUGACCACCGCCGCCGCAAGAAAACCCCCCGCUGCUUCAGCCACUACGCCCUCGAAGACGUCGACGACCACCUCAAGAUCCUCCACCACAACUUCGUCGGCUCCCGCUCCUGCGACCCGCACAGCCCCUAGGCCCACUGCUACGGGUGCCGUAGCCGAGGCCAAGAAGCGGCUAUCGUCAGUGUCGGGGAACACAACCGGCACAACUGCUCGCCAUGCGCCUCGUGCCUCGCUGGCAUCUAGUACGUCCAGCGCGGCUGCGGCCGCUUCCGAGUCCGCCAAGGAAGUCGAGGACCUCAAGUCGAAGCUCGCGUGUAGCGAGUCUGAGAUAGCCGAGUUGAAGGCCCAAGUCGCUUCGUCUCAGGAGAAGAUCACAUCGCUCACCGACAAGGCUGGUGCUGCCGAAGAUGUCCAAGGAGCGCCUGAAGGCACCAUCAACCAGGAAGCUCUGGAGGGCCUGAAGGCGGAGCAUGCUGCCGAGGUUGAGACUUUGAACCAGCAGGUGUCCGAGAUCCGGGACAAGCUUGCUGCCGCCGAAGCCGAGCUGGCUGCGCAGAGAAGUCAGCUUGCCGAAGCUGCCAGCGCAAAGGAAGCUGCUGAGGCCGAGAUGACUGGGCUCAAGACCACCCUGCAAGACCUUCAAACGGAACAUGGUACUAAGUUGAAGGAGGCCCAGACGAACCUGACCAAGGUAAGCGAGGACCACGCUGCUGAACUUCAGGCGCUCCAGCAGAGCCUGAAGGAACAACACGAAGCAGCUCUCGACGAACUGAAGGCCAAGCAUGCCGAAGAGCUGCAGGGCGGGAACAGCGCGCUCGUUGCCAACCAUGAGAAGGCCAUCCAAGCGCUCAAUGCCAGCCAUGAGAGCGCUCUCGUCGAGCUGCAAAAGAAGGUUGACGAUCUGAUGUCAGCUCGCGAAACCUUUGCAGUUGAGCACGAGGCGAAGCUGCAAGCUGAGUCGGCGAAACUCGAAACUGAAAUCGCGGUUCUCAAAGACAAAGUUGAAGCUGCUGAGAAGAGGGCCGAGGCUGCCGAGUCUGAACUUGAGGCGAAGACAGCGUCUCUAACUGUUCUAGAGGCCAAGGUUGCCGAGAUAGACGCUGAGCUUUUGGCCGCCAAGGAAGAAGCCGCCAACGCCACCAGCUCACACGCCGAGCUCGAGAAGCUAAUUGAAAGUCUGAGGGAUGAGAGAAAGUCGAAGGAUGCCACGAUCGCCAAGAUGAAGGAGGAGCACGCAGCCGCGGCCGACCACCACCAGAAGCAGCUCCGGCAGAUCAGUCAGGAUUAUGAGGACGAGAUUGAGAGUCUGCGGGGCGAUGCCUUCUUCAAGCGGCGGUUCGAGGAGCUGGAGGUCAAGCAUAAUGAACUCACCAAGGCUCACGAGGAAGCUCUAGAGAACCACGCCAAGGCGCUGGAAGCUGCCAGGGCUGAGCACGAGGCCGCCGUCAAGGCGUUGGAGGCCAAAGAGGCCGAGCAUCAACAGGCUCUGGAUGCUUUGCAGGCGAGCCAUGCCGAAGAGUUGGAAGCAGCCAAGAAUCUGGCCAGGCAGGCGCACCAAGCGAGCGCGGAGGAGAUCGAGUCCCUGAAGGCUAGCCACGCCAGCCAGAUUGACAUUCUCAGGUCUGAGAGCGAAGCCAGCCUAGCCAAGCAGCUGGAGGCUUUGAAAGCUACGCACGCCGAAGCCCUCGAAAGCCUGCAGAAUGAUGCUGCCGCAGAGAAGGAGCAACUGCUGGCCAAACAUGCCGAGGAAUUUGCUGCGGCCAAGGCGGCGGGCGAUGACAGCCAUGCUGCCCUCUUGGAGCAGAUCAAGCAGGAACUCGAGGCCAAGCACACCGAGGACCUUGCCAAAUUAACAGCACAGCUUGAGGCGGCCAGCAGGCUGAAGGAGGAGCUCGAGGCCCAGCAUGCGGAGCAGGUUGCCAAGAUGACGGCGGAGCUUGGGUCGGCUAGCGGUCUCACACAGGAACUCGAAACCAAGCAUGCAGAGGAGAUCGAGAAGCUGACGGCUCAGCUCGAGGCGGCCGGCGGUUCCAAGGAGGAAUUGGAAGCCAAGCAUGCCGAAGAGAUUUCCAGACUGACGGCCGAACUCGAGGCCGCCAAGGGCCUUCAGCAGGAUGUCCAGGCUGCCCACGCCAAGCUUGCCGACGCGGAGGCUAGCCAUGCAUCCGCCAUUGCUUCCCUCAAGAAGGCUCUGGAGGACGACCAUGCGGCUGAGGUGCAAAAGCUCAUCGCGAUGCACAACGAGGCACAGCAGGCCUUGAGAGCCGAGGGCACAACGAGCGCGAAGGCCCAGCUUGACGAGUUGCGGGCUGAACACGCCGGUCUCCUCAAGGAGCUGAAGUCCAAGUAUGAAUCGAGCUCCAAGUCGGUCUCGGAGGAGCUGGCCAAGGUGGAAGCGGCCAAGAGCGAGGUUGAUGCAGCCUUCGAGGCACUCAAGGCCGAGCAUGCCAAAGCAGUGGAGGAGGUCGACAGCCUCAGCCAGCAGCUGGCGCUGGAGAAGAUGGAGAAGUUCACUGCCCAGGCUGAGCUCGAUGCCGCGAAGAACGCCAAGCCCGACACGACCGAGCUGGAUGCCCUCAAGGAGCAACUUGCCUCUCUCGCAGCGGCACACGAAAAAGAAAUCGCCCAGCUCAAGGCUAGUCAUGAGGAGGCUCUUAGUAGCGCCGGAGAGGCCUCGAGCAAGGCUGCUGCUGAGCUUGCCAGCUCCAAGGAGGAGCUGGCCAUGGCCCUGAAGGAGCUGGAGGCGCACAAGCUGGAGACUGAGGCCAAGCUCAAGACGUCCGAGGCCGACUACAAGGAUAUGCACGACAGCAUGACGCAGCUUGUCGAGGAGGCGCAGACGCUGGCGGCGGAGAACCUGAAGAAGCUCGCGGACACGGAAAACCGGCUCGGCGAGGCGGACCAGAAGAUCGCCGAGCUUACGGCACAGCUCAAGGUCAGGGACGCGGAGCUGGCGGAGGCAAAGACUAAGACAGAGCCACCCAAGGGCCUGGCCGCGAGCCGCUUCGCCGGCGCCAACGACGACGACACCAAUGAGGACACCACUGCCAACCAAUCCGCCGAAGGUGAGGCAGAGCCGGAUCAUUCUUCGGCAGCAUUAGCUUCGGUGCGAACAACCCUAGCUUAUCACGCAGCAUUCCUAUAA